UGUAAACAAAAAAAAAUGGUUCUCAUUUCACAUGUUUUAAUUCCCGUUUUUAAAACAAAGCUCUUUAUUUGAUUUGAAGACUCUUUAUGUACACAAUAGCAUUUACAAUCGAAAAUACCACGAAGAAUAUUUCAUUAUUACAAUUUACGACAAUCUAUUGGGAUUUUACCCAAUCAAUAAAAAUUAAAAUGGAUGUGUUGCGUGUUCAAACUUGUUUUGGAUUUUUAAUCUAACAUAUCUAACCACGAUGAAGACCUAAUUUAUAUAGGUUAUCACCAUUUAACCGCUGUGUAAAAUGAGCACCCUUUUGGAUUUUCUAAGGGAAGCACGACUGGAGCAGUUCUAUCCAGCAUUUCGAGCGAAUGGAAUUACUCAGUCGGAGGCUCUUAUUAAUUUGGGAAUGCCAGAAUUUUUCGCUUUAGGCAUCACAGCUAGUGAAGACAAAAGAAGAUUGGUUGAGCUGGUCAAUAUUAUAAAAUCUGUUCACAAUUCUGGUAGCCCAAUAUUUCAGCAGAGAAAUAUGGGAUUUCGACAUAGACAACAGUCUAAUAUUAAUACUUCAGAUGAAACUAGUCAAACUAGGAAUAUGAGAAGUCGACAAGCCACUAGGUCUACAGCCUUCCAAAGCCCACAGACACCCCAGCGUUUAGAACCUUCUAGAGACGUUAUUGUUCAGGACAGAGUUCCCAAUUUCUCUGUUUCAUCCUACAUGGAUAUGCUACGCUGCAGUACUGAGAGCAGCAGUUCUGAAGAAUCAGACAAUCAAGUUGAGGAUGAGCAGACUAUCAAUAGAAUUUUGUCUAAUCCUUCUGGUGUGCGUAACUCUAUUUCUAAAGGCCCAGCAGUUGAACGUAUUAAACACUCUAAAAUGAAAAGUUAUAAUUAUGGUGUACAUAAAGUCAGCGCACCGACCAAAAGUAAAACACCCAAACUUGGAGCUAAUAGAUUUGUUGGGGAAGAGAAAAUUAAAGUUUGUGUGAGGAAAAGGCCUCUGACAAAAAAAGAACAAAAAGGCAAGGAAGAAGAUAUUGUUACUGUAGAAAGCACAAAUAUGCUUGUUAUCAAUGAACCAAAGCUUGCAGUAGAUUUGACAGCCUUUACAUUACAGCAUGAAUUCUUAUUUGAUGAAGUAUUUGAUGAAAAUUGCUCUAAUGAAGAUGUGUAUAUCAGAGCUGCUAGACCUUUAAUUAGCUGUGUUUUUAAUGGAGGGACUGCAACAUGUUUUGCUUAUGGGCAAACAGGUGCUGGGAAAACACACACUAUGCUUGGAAGCACUUCUGUGCCAGGACUUUAUUUAUUAGCAGGCCAAGAUAUAUUUUCUAUCAUUCAAUCUGGCAAGUAUGGAAGAAACCUCCAUGUGUGGGUCAGCUUUUUUGAAAUAUACUGUGGUCAGCUGUUUGAUUUACUUAACCGUAGAAACAGGCUGCAUGCAAGGGAAGAUGGGAGUCAUCAAGUUUGUAUUGCUGGUCUGACAGAGACCGAGGCAACGAGUGUUGAUUCUCUUGUUCAGACUUUAGAGUAUGGCAACUCAGUCAGAAGUAAAGGAGCCACAGGUGUGAACCCAGACUCGUCCAGGUCUCAUGCCAUUUUACAGUUGGAUAUACGAGACAGUCAAGACAACAAGCUGGGAAAAAUUUCAUUCAUUGACUUGGCCGGCAGUGAAAGAGCUUCAGAUGUUACUGAUACAGACAAGCAGACAAGGAUGGAGGGAGCAGAGAUAAACCAAAGUCUACUGGCCUUGAAGGAAUGCAUCAGGUCCAUAGACCAGGAAAGUCGACAUACACCUUUUCGUCAGAGCAAGCUUACGCAUAUAUUAAAGGAUUCAUUUGUGGGCAACUCUCGAACAUGCAUGAUUGCAAACAUCUCACCUUCUCAGUCCGCGUGUGAAAAUACAAUCAACACAUUACGAUAUGCUGACAGGGUGAAAGAACUCCGCAGAGAGAACACCAGGAGUAGCUCUGUGGGACACACCAUGAACCUGCUGAUGAACAUACCACCCCCAGCUCCCACGGCCUUUCAUCCUUCAAACAUCCUCUCUAGCUCCACCCCACAGAGACCCGCGUCUCACUCUCGGAGAGACAGGUUAAAUGUAGUCAGUGAUGUUGUCUUUGAUCCAACUGAGACUCCAAUCAGGGGCCAUAACUUGCCCAAAAAGUCACGCGCUAAGGAAAAACACAGAGAGUCUCCUAUCCAAGGAGCAAAGUCAAGGUCAGAGACUAAUGCUGGCUCAGCAUCUCCUCAUAUACCCCCUGGGACUUCAACAAGGUUUACAAUUCAUGCAACUGCUGCAUCCCAAGGAUCAUCAGCCCCUCCGCCUGAUGCCUCUCCGAGCGAAUCUGACCAAACUGACACAGACUCCUGUAAUGUGACUCACCCAACACAUCAAAAACCUGGCAGACAACUUCCUGUUGCCAGAUCAACUGACACAGAGUUUGACUUUCCAACUUCAGACUUCAACAUUGUUGAAGAUUUAAAUGACCUUAAUCGCUCGGGUCUGCCACAAAAAGGUUCCCCAACAUCCACUGUACCACGAGGCCACGCCUACCGUGAUUCAGGUGACAAUGCAGCAGCUGCAGCAGAAGAUGAAAAACCGGCUGCACCAGCGUCCAACAAAAGGCCGCCGCAAGUGAAGCCAGUUCUGUACAAGUCAACAGAUCCUGAAGUCGAGGCCUCUCACCAUGCCACAUCAGCUUCAUCUCCAUCCACUGCAACCACAAAAACUCCACAGCCAGACAUUUUAUCUCCUAAAAUUUCCCAGCAUCCACCAUUAUACAAGCGGUCAUUUUUAGAGGAACUUGUAAGCAGUGGUGAGAGUGUUGAUGAUGAUGAUCUGAUGGCAGAGGAACCAGCAGCUCCACAGCCUGAUGACAGACAACCAUCGAACACAUUCCCAGGUAAAACUCCAGCAUCUAAACCCAGUACUUUGAUCAAUGUCAUGACCCCUGUUCCUGCACUAAGCAGUGACCUGACCCAAUUUACUCAACGGACCGUGAAAUCACUGGAACCUCCGCCUGUAGGAACAAAUGAUUUAUCUGGCAAAUCCCCAUCCAGUCUCCCAGCACAGCAACCAAAUUUUGCAAUUCCAGAAAAUUCAACACAGAUACCUGGGUUUAAACCAAGCAAGUUGUCCUCAGAAAGAGUCCGUUCUCCUUUUACAAAGCACUCAGAGAGUCCGUCCCCACAGCCAGGAAACACACAAGUCACUCAGAAGCCCAGGGACAAGUCUCCAGUCAUUGACCACAGUUCAGUCAAACCAGUUGUGUUUCAUCUUGAAGGAAGUUCUUCAAAAACUCAAGGAGCCAGCAGUGAAGAUCUGAAGUCAGACAAGAAGGUGCGUCAUCACUCGGAUAGCUCGGAUUGCCUCUCCUUGUCCAAGAUCUCUCAGUCCCCUACUGGGGAUGCUAGUGAUGAUUCCACAGACAGCAUCCGCGCAUCCUUCUCAGACCAGGGUCAGGGUGGCUCCAGACAUUCUGGCCCUGGCAGCAUGAGGAAGGAGAGGAGUGACCCCAUGCUGGCACUGGACAUGCAGAGAAAGAAGCAAACUUUGCCAGACCCACAGUUCUUCUCUAAGAUGCUGACUAGAAGCAACACACCAAAAGGCGGUCGCGCUCACAGAGAUACUGGACCGAAAGUUGUGCGCAAUGAUUUGUCCUCACCAUCAGCAGGAUUGUCUGAGCCAAAUUUGGCAGCAGAUGGUUCAAGUGAUCCAAAGUCGCAAAACUUGAGUGGAGAAAAUGUGAACCCUAGUCAGCAUCACAGUCCUAGCAGUCAGCUAGGUUUUAAACUGUCAGACAAGCCAAGGUCUAAAGGGAAGCAACUCCCACAAGUGCCAACCACUAGAGUUGAAGAGAAGAACCAUGUUUCACAGGGGCUAAAUACUGGACACAUUUCUCAGCAUACUCCUGUCAAACAUAAUCCUGCCAUUGUGACAGAAAAGCUGACGUCAGGUGCAGUUUUCUCCCCUAUCCACCCCCAGCCUGUGACAAGUGUAGGUGGCAAAUCUCAAGCAGAGGCCUCGACAGUUAGCUCAGUUGUGCUCCAGCCCACCCCUGUCUCAGCUAUGGAAGGCCAUCCCACUGAACUACAAGUUAGCUCAGUUGUGCUCCAUCCCACUGAACUACAAGAAGCCAGGACACAGCUUGUUAUCUCCCAUGAAGACCAGCUAGCUGUAGUUACCUCCCUCUGCAAAACUGAGAUGAAAUUGUUGCUCAAUACCAAGAAUGCUUCAGGAAAAAUUGGAUUUGAUAACUACCUGAGACGUGUAAGUGACAUCCUGCAGCAGAAGAUGAACGCUAUAGAAAAGUUGCAGCAUCAGAUUUCUGAGUACUACAACAGUCAAGGGGUUUCUGUCUCUAAGCCUAGCGCCACAUCCCACGGCAGUGUGACGUAAACAAUGACACCAUGACAGAGGAUCAGAACACUUAAACAAGAUGGCUGAAAGUGAAGAGUGAUUUAAUGGGAGGGGGAGGAUUUUUUUACUGUGAUGUUUUUUAAAGAAAAUAUAGGUGCUUGUAAAUAUGGCUAAAAACAGACUCAAGACUUCCUUUUAUGAACUGCAUUUUUCUUGUUCGUAUGCUUUUAAACUGUUUCAAUUUGCACAGGCUGACUUUUUUUUUAAAUUUAUUAUUUUAUGCUGAUUAAUUUAAAAAAAUAGCACAUUUUGAACUUGCCCAAAAUUAGUAUAUUGUAUAGGCUAUGAUCCAGGCCACCUAGGUCUAAUGGCCAGCUGAUAGUGUACUAGGCUACGGCCCAGGCCAACUAGGUCUAAUGGCCAGCUGAUAGUGUACUAGGCUAUGGCCCAGGCCAACUAGCUAGCGCCCCAUAAUUACCACACAAUUCCUUUAUUUGUGUGUAAUCAUGCAAACAGGUGAAUUCCAUCAACUUGAUGCAUCACCUGGUCUUUGAAAAGAAUCAAGCUAAUUUUGUAAUGAGAUUAGAAUUCACCAGAAGAAUUUCCCAGCUGAGUUUCUUCUUCUUUGUUCUUAAUUUUUAAUGUUGGAAGGGAUUCCUUUAUGUGUCAACUUGUUAUGUGCCAUAUUGGCCACUGACUCCGAUUUCAGCCUGCUUUUUUUUGGAUUUGCUUCCAUAGCUUUUGUCCAACCAAGAACAAACUACAAGGGGCAGUUGUUUGAUUUUAGAGUUAUCUCUCCUAGAAGAGUUGCUGUCCCCAGCUAUCGGGCCUCAUCUGCCCGGGCAGCUGUUGGUUUAUUUACCUAUUUCUUUUAAAAACAAAGCUUGCUAAUAAGAAUUUCCUCAUGUAGGCAAACUUCAUGUGGGCAAGCCUCAGAUAGGCAAGCCUAAUGUGGACAAGCCUCAGUAUUCUACAAGUCUUUCUUUUACACACUUCAAUGCCAAUUUUUGGCUUCCUUAAAUAAAUCUUUAUCAGUGUUGUAAAUGUAAUACGACCAUAUUAUUUAUCUUAAAAUGUAUAGCUGCAACUUUGUUUCACUGGUUUAGUAUCACACAUUUUUAAGUCACUGAACAUUUUUUGGCAUCCAAGGAAGCUAAAAAACUUUAAGUCUAGCAAAACUUACUAAUGAUCACAUUUGCAGUGAAUAAUACAAAUCACUACAUACAAUUUGUGAGAACAUUUUUUGUAAAAUUAAUUUAACAACCACUUUGUCAUUAUCACGGUUACUGAUGCAUUGUGUGAUAGUUUAAAAUGUGAUAUUAGUAUUGUCAUUCAUGCUUCACUUUGUCAUAUGGACAUUGUAAAUGUAAAAAAAAAAGAUAAAAUUAAAUAUUUUAUUACAAAUACCUUUCUAGAAAUGAUUUAAGCAUGCAUAAAAAGGUGUUUUAUUAAA